AUGGUAUCAAUCUCCAGAAUCCUUCAGCAAAUCAAAGAGAGUAACUCUCUUACUCCUAAUCCUUCGUCGAAUUUAGAUUUUCAAGCAAGAUCUCAUGAAACGGAGGAGGAGCCAACACUUUAUAAGCGACUCUUUGGCUUUCAUUUUGGAAGCAAAGGUUCGGGAAGUUCUUCACUGAGUAGUUCCAGCUACGGUAAGACAAAAGACUACGGAAAGACAAAAGACUACGGAAAGACAAAAGACUACGGAAAGACAAAAGACUACGGAAAGACAAAAGACUAUGGUAAAACAAAAGACUACGGAAAGACAAAAGACUAUGGUAAAACAAAAGACUAUGGUACAACAAGCAAUUACGGUUCAACCAGUAACUUUGCCGCAGCUAACAACAAUGGUUUAUCGAGUAAUUCUGGUUCAACAAACAACUACGGUUUUAGAAGUAAUUAUGGUUCAACAAACAACAAUGGUCUAACCAGUAAUUCUGGCACGACAAACAAAAUUGAUAAAACGGGUGGCUACAAAAGUUCUGGCUCCUCAAGAAAAGGAUAUGGCAGUAGUGGUAGGUGGGGAGGGUUUAUGGGAGGGCGCGAUCCAUAUUCCGAUUACUGUUACUCAUAUCCAUGCCACGGCUAUUCGUCUCAUUCGAGCUCCCUUGGAACUGGAAGAAACAAUUUGCUGAACUACACGCUUUCCAGCGGUGACAUGGUUUUGGUAUUUUUGCCUUAUAUUUUAGUGGCAGGCUUCUUUGCCGUACUCGCUCUUUCGCUUUUGUUGCACUUGGCGUACGGUGCAAUCCGUCUUUGUGUUGCGAGUGUUAAAGAACGCUUAAGGAAGUCUCGCGAGGCCAAGGUCUUAGCACUUCCGAAGCCAACCAAAAGUGUUUCUGAAAUCAAGAAGCCUUCUAAGGCAAAAUUGCAUUCUUCGAAGCACCUUUGA